UGUGCAGCGCUGAGUUUCCAUGCGGACGUCUAUACUGGAGUACCAGGUCAGAGCAAGCACUACUCUUGCACGUAGAGUGACAGUUUACAUAUCUCCAGGUUUAUUGUUAGUUUAGGCAAAUCUUACGUUUUUGCUCGGCAUGUGUAGCUUGAUAUAUAGAGCAGACUAACUCAUGGUCGAGAUGAUAACAACUAUAAAGCAGCAGUAUUGAAUCUGUCUGUGCACCAGUCAUGAAGCAGUUUUUGAGGAAGAUCCACACCAUCUUUAUAAAGGUCGCCCUGUUACCGAGCACAUUUGCCAGGACAGGCCCGCGGCCAGCAGCAUCAGAGGUGUUGACUUGCCACCUGCUGCAGCGAAGACUCCCUCCGUGGACUUCAUUCUGUGUCCACUACAGCUCCGUCAAUAAUGACCAGUUUGGAUUGUCCAAUUUUAACUGGGAGGUCCAGGGAUCUAACUACCAGAUCCUGAGAACAGGCUGCUUCCCUUUUAUAAAAUAUCACUGUACCAAAGCACCUCAACAGAACCUGGACUUUGAGGACAAGUUCUUCACUGUGUUGAAAGCAAUCAAUCUGGGUAUCCCUUGUUUAGCCUAUGGUAUCGGUUGCUGGAUGGCGGUAGGAGCAGCAGAAACAGUGCAGACAAGUGUUGGACCGGUCACAGUCUUUUUCGCCUACAAAGAACAAGAUGGUGCACAGUACUAAAAACCUAUUACAAGAAAGGACUGUUUUAAUGUGUGUUGCUGCUGUGUUUAGAACAGUUCCCGGGAUGAUGCUCUGGUGAACCUAUUGACAAAAGUGCCAUCAGUGUCAUUAGUGCUGCCUUUGACUGACCAGGUUCAUUUGUGUUUAAUUAUUUAAGAUUUAAAAGUUGCAGUGAAGGAGUCAGCUAUGCAUGUUGUUACACUGACAUACAAUACUGACAAUGUUUAUUUGGGAAGCUUACUUGCCAUUAAAGUUUUAUGGAAAGUUUAAGGUUUCUCCAAGAAUAGACUGCAUCACAAUUCCAGGAUGUUUUCACAGCUGCAAUAGUGACAAUGUCUUCACAGUUAGUGCAUUACAAAAAAUAUACUUUUGCAACAAUUAUUAAACUUUUCAGAAUGAUA